AGUGCCGUGUUGUUUCACCGUUCAAUAGCUUUAACUCCUUCGCAGAGAGACGAGGGCCGCUAUCUUAGUCAAUGACGGACGCACUUACUACCUUAUUCUAAUAUUUAUUGUUAUCUAACAGUACUACAGCACGCGAGCAGACAAGAACAAGAACACGCAAUGGCGCAGCAACCUUCGCGUGAUGUCGAUAAGGUGCAGGUGGGCUAUCACCGGGCUGAGAACACCGAGACGGUCAGCUCGCCGCAUACCUACGCCUACAGCAGUGGCAAGAACGUGCCGUCGACCACGCAGCCAGAUAAGCCAACCGUGUCGAACAUUCGCAUCGCUUCCGCCGUGGCCGGUCUACCCUCGUCGUACUUCACGAAGGAAGGCAGCAAAAAGCUGCCUGGUGUGCCGUCGGUUGUGAAGAAGGAGCGGAACGAUGAGGAGUCGGAGGCGGGGGCCGGCGUGCCGGCGUCGUCCUCGCCAGCGCACGGCGGUGCGACCCGCACGACCGUCGAUGGCUUCCCGUGGUCGACUCGUCGGGUGGAGCGGAUGUCCUUCGAGAUGCACCACAUUAGCCCGCCCAUCGCGAACCUGUUCCGCCGCGUGCUGACGACCGAGGUGCCCACGCUGGCCUUUGAUCGCAUCCUCAUCGAAGAGAACGACAGCCCGGUGUUGGACGAGCUCCUCGCGCACCGUCUGGGACUCGUACCGGUGGCGGGGCCGGUGAUGAAGAUGGACUACAUCACGGAGAGCAGCCAGGCCGGCUUCAACAACUUAGAUCCCCGCCGCGUGCUGCUCUUCGAGCUGGACGCAACCGGAGCGAAGGACGCCGCUGUCACACCGGUGUACAGUCGCCAGCUGCAGUGGGUGCCGCUGCCAGGCCAGGAGCAGAAGGCCAAGGCUGCCGACGGGACCACGGCGCAGUCGGAGAACGAGGAGGCGAGCAGAGGCGGUGGCAGCUCUGUGGAAGGGAUCGACAGCGACGACGCGGUCUUUCUCGUUCAUCCCGAUAUCGUCAUCACGAAACUCGGCCCUGGCCAGCGCAUCAAACUGAAGGCGAUUGCCGUGAAGGGCAUCGGCAGCGUGCACGCCAAGUGGAGCCCGGUGUCGGCGUGCUACUAUGAGAUGAAGACAUCCGUGGAGCUGCGCCAGCCGCUGUCCGGCGCCGCUGCCGAAGCCCUCGUCAAGAGCUGCCCGAUGGGCGUUUUCGCCUACGAGGGCGGCCAGAAGGGCGGAGCGGCGACGGUGGUGGCGCCCGAGAAGUGCACGCUGUGCCGGGAGUGCCUGCGCAGCGAGGGCACCGCCGCGUCUGCUGCCGCCGGCGAGGUGGAUCGCGUUACGGUGCAGAAGGACAAGACAAAUGUUAUCUUCCACGUAGAGAGCGUUGGUCAGCUGCACCCGGCGCAGAUCUUCCGUUAUGGGCUGCGCCUCUUUGCGGAGCGCUGCCGCGCGCUGUCGGAGAUGGUGCAGUCAACGGAGGUGCGGGUGGUGGAUGCGGGCGCCAAGGCUCUAGACCAUUAA